AUGAUUGCCAAAGUGUUUCUCUUUUUCAUGUUCUUGUUGUUCUCCUCUGCUAGGGCAUCGGACGCCCCCAAGAAUAAUGAUGGACUCGUGCACGUCAUCACGAAGAACAUCGACCUGAAACAACUGCAGGGAACCUUUUACGAAAUUUCAACCAAUGCCUCGGACAAAAUAUUCCCAGGACUAUUAUGCAGAUGUACCAAGUAUGAAUUUUCAGGCCUCAAGAGAGAUGGCAACUUAGGAUACAUAUUGGUAAACUUCUCCUGUGACAGAAACUACCUCUUCGGUGAACAAAAGUCUGAAAUGACCUUCAAAUUAAUUUUGAACAAGCCAAUUGAUGAGAACACCACCACCGUUGACGAAUUCAACGCUAGCAUCUACUUAGUUGAAGGAAACCAACAAGUCCUCCUCAACAAUGACGUAAACAUUGUGUACGCUGAAGCCAAUGAGCAGAAUGAGUACGAACACAUUAUCAUCGCAGGAAAGAAAUCUACUGAGCCCAUGAUCAUCAUCUCUAAAUACAGAACCGUCCUCCUAGAAACCUAUAACAAAUUGUUGAACUCCCUCUUCUUGGCUGGAUAUGAGCCAUCCCUCCUCAGCUGGCCAUUCAUCAUCCAGACCGACCAGACCUUCUGUGACUAA